UGAUUGCAUUUGUCCAAAAAUUAAAUCUAAGGGGGGUUGGGAAUCGAGGGAGUGGGUGUAAAAAAAAAAAAGACUAAAAGAAUUAUUGAUUUACACCGGAAAUGUGAAAUUAUCCAUUUCAUAAUUUCGCAAUACAUUUCGUUUAGAUUUUAAAAUUCUGUCUUGCAAGAUAAUAUAAGAGUCUGAACAAUAAGACAAAGAGUUAUCAAAAAUGGCAGAGGAAAAUGUCAAAGUUGCUGUGAGAGUCAGGCCUUUCAAUGCUCGAGAAAAGGCUCGUAGUGCUCAACUCAUUAUCAGCAUGGUUGGUAACCAAACAAUCAUUAAAGAUCCUGCAAAUAUGAGUGCGGAACCUAAAAAUUUUGCAUUCGACUAUUCCUAUUGGUCUCAUGAUGGCUAUACUGAAAAAGAUGGAUACUUUGCACCAAAUGACAACAGAUAUGCAGAUCAGAAAAAAGUAUUUAAUGAAUUGGGGAAAGGCGUUUUGGACAAUGCUUGGAAAGGCUACAACUGUUCACUGUUUGCCUAUGGCCAAACAGGAAGUGGAAAAUCUUACAGUAUUGUAGGAUUUGGAAACAACAAAGGCAUUGUUCCUCUAGCAUGUGAAGAGCUCUUUAAAAGUAUUGAAGAGAAGCGUAAAGUAGCAGAUAAAGAUGCAGAGUUUCAGGUGACACUGAGUAUGCUAGAAAUUUAUAAUGAACAGAUUCGUGAUCUACUCACUUCUAAAACAGCUGUAAAAGGUGGACUCAAAGUUCGACAGCAUGCUUCUAAAGGUUUUAUUGUUGAAGCUUUAACUAUUGUUCCCAUGAACAGCUAUGCUCAAAUAGAAAGCAAAAUUAAUGAAGGCACAAGAAACCGAACUGUUGCUUCAACCAACAUGAAUGCAACAAGCAGCCGUGCUCACACAAUCGUAGCUCUAACCUUUGUACAAAAACAAAAGAAUGAGGCUGGACAGAAUAUGACCAAAACAGCUGUUAUAAACUUGGUGGAUCUAGCUGGCAGUGAACGAGCUGAAACAUCUGGAGCAACAGGUGACAGGUUAAAAGAAGGUUCAUCCAUUAAUCUUUCUUUGAGCACUCUGGGGAAUUGUAUUAAUGCUUUAGCUAAUCAGUCAUCAGGCAAAAAGAAAAUUAUAGUGCCUUACAGAGACUCAGUGUUAACAAAACUUCUUCAAAAUGCCUUAGGUGGCAACAGCAAAACCAUUAUGAUUGCAGCAUUAAGUCCAGCUGAUAUAAAUUAUCAGGAAACACUUUCAACUUUACGAUUUGCCGAUAGAGCUAAAAUGAUUAAGACUCAGGCUGUGGUCAAUGAAAAUCCGACUGACAAACUCAUUAGGGAAUUACGAGAAGAAAACUUGAGAUUAAUGGAGUUACUAAAAGCUGGUGGUGCAGGGGCAGCAACUGGAGCUGUAGCUAGCAGUCAAGAAGUUGAAGAGAUGAAGAGACAAUAUCAAGAACAAAUGGAAGCCAAUCAGAGAGAGCUAGAGAUGAUGAAGAAAUCUUGGACAGAGAGUAAAGAAUCUCAAGCUGAGUCGUUGGCAAAACUUGAAGCUGAAAAAAAAAGAAAUGAAGAAAGAAAAGUGACUCCACAUUUUUGGAAUCUUAGCGAAGACCCUGCUUUAACUGCUGUAUUAAUUCAUUUCUGCAGAGAAGGUGCUGCAAAGAUUGGAAAUAAACAAGCGUCACCAGCCCCUGAAAUAUUGAUGAAUGGAUUGGGCAUUCAAAAAGAGCAUGCUACUUUGACCAACAAGAAAGGCACUGUGACCUUAAAACCUUUGACUGGAGCCAAGAUAACUAUCAAUGGUAAACCUGUGACAGCUGAGGUAGAGCUCCAUCACAAUGACAGGGUUCUGUUUGGACCAAGUCAUCUUUAUGUAUUCCACCAUCCUCAAGAUGAAGCCAAACAAAUAAAAGCUGGCAAAGUGAUAGAAAAACCAACCUAUGACAGUGCUCAGGAAGAAAUUGCCAAGGAAUCUGGCUUAGUUGACAACAAAGCCAAUAAAUCCAAAGAGGAGCUCUUGCUAAAUGAAGAUCUGAUUCAAGUACUUCCUAUGGUAUAUGAAGCAAAUGCUAUGUCUGAAGAGCUGGACAAAAAAGUGAAAUUUGAAAUUUGUCUUGUGUCGCCCAAGACACGAGGAUUAAAGGAGGGUAUGUCAGAGGUGAUGGUUCAGCUGAGAAACCUUGAGAAUGGAAACAGUUGGCUGUUGUCACGCAACAACUUCAUCAACAGGAAGUACCUGAUGCAGGAAAUGUUUCAAAACUACACUGAAGGGGAUCCUGACUGGAAUGUUCCAAAAGAAAAAGAUCCUUUCUGGGAACCUGUCUCAACUCCAGUUCUUAUUGGAACAUCUUUAGUUUAUCUUCAGCCACUGGCCUAUCUUAUUGACAUGGAUGAAAGUUUAGCCGUGAUAGACUGGAAGGGCAAGGAAAUAGGCCAGUUGCUGGUGUCUCUUGUACCAUGUGACAGUAAGUGGGAACCUCUCAGUGAUAGUUCUUAUGUUGAGGAUCCCAAAGAGUUGCUAGGAAAGCCAUAUUAUUUCAAGUUUAAAAUAAAAGGUGCAAGAGGUAUACCUGGCAAUUUUGAAAAAAGUAGUUGUUCCUACAAGUUUUAUUUAGAAGAUAAACCCACAUUAACCCAAGAAGUGAAAGGUACAAUGAAUCCUGACUACCAGCAUGAGAGACAGAUCAGUUUCAAGACUGUGACAGAUCAGCUGAUCACCUACUUGACUAAUGAAGCCAUUCUGGUUGAAGUUUGGGGUCAGCAAAAAGAAGAGGGAAUGAGAUCUGGCUCCACAAACAGUAACACUAAAGAGCUGAUGAUGAAAGAGAAGACAAAUGCAACACCAACACCACCAGGAGCAGCAGUCAGCAAACCUACAACUUCUGCUCAGAACAAUGGAGGAAAAUCUGCAGCUCAGCUGGCUUCUGAAAUCCAAGAUCGCAUCAAGAAAGCAAAAGAAAAGGGAAUAAAGACGGUCCCUAUUGAAGACAUUGAAAGUGCACUUGCCCAAAUAACAGGAGCAGGCAGUGGUGCCAACUCGAAGUCAACAAAAGGAACAUCCAGAGCUUGCUUAUUACAGUAACUCCAGUAGCACAUAUGUUUAGGAAUAGCAGCAACUCUCUUAGUUCAGUGUGAAUAACUUUCAUUUAAAGCAUUGACAGAUUGCAACAAAUGCAGGAAAUAAAAAAACACCAAUAUCUAAAAUGAGAAUUUUACAAAAAGACAAAUAGAUUUUUCAGAAGCAAAAUAA